CCUAAGCAACCCUUAAGCUGAUUUCAAAAUGAUUGCAAAUCUCUCUUAACUGCAACUUCGCUAACUGUUAACUACAGUACCUUUUUAAAUACCCUCACAUCAGACAUCAGUUUUGUCAGUUGCUUACCUGACCAUCAUAAAGUUUAAUCAGCCCUGGUCUAUUCGCGCGAUUCAUGUUAAACCCGUAACCUAAUUGAGAUAUAUUGACAAGUCAUAUUCUAAUUACAAUGUCGCCGAUCGUCUACGCCUGUCUAUUCCUACUAAGAUGAAUCUAGUAGCAACAGCAACAGCAACAGCAACAACACCAAUAGCAUCAAUAUCAAUAACACCAACAACAACAACAGCAGCAGCGGCAUUAGUAGCGGCCAUGUCUCGUGUUCAACAUAGAUCGCAUCAUCCACAAUGAAUACGUCUAAUCAUUCCAGUGAGACCAGCAAGGGUCGCGAUAUAUUCCUUCUUCCGCCAUCAGAUCCCGAACUAAUCUCAAAAAUCCCAAGAAUUCUCCCUCAUGAACGCGUUUUCCCUAUCCAGAUAGGAACCGAACUAUUCAAACUUUCUGGAGCCUCUCUUUCUUCUGAUGCUCCGUCUUAUUUCUCACGGUAUUUUCAGUGUCAAGUUGCGAGAGCUGAAGAAGCCGGCGAAGAUAUAUCAACGGCAAUACGGACCCUUUAUAUAGAUCGGGAUCCCGUUACAUUUAGAGAUAUUUCCCUUCAUUUACAGGGCUAUCAUGUCACCCCACGUGACGGGACGCACUUCGUGCGUCUCUUCGCCGACGCUCAGUUCUACACUCUACCUAAGCUAAUGUCGCGGCUUUAUGAAGAGUCUAUCUUCAUUUCUAUAGGCCAUCGCGAAUUCCAGAUUCCGCGCGACAUAUUUAGUGGUCCCGGAAAUUCGCCUAAUUUCUUUUCUUUGGGCUUUGGUGUUUUCUUUUCGACGCCCGAGGAGAUAUUUCCUGGGCUAGAUAAGGAACAUCUGAUCCGCCCACCUUCUAUUAUGCCACCUUGUGUACCGAACCGGUCUGCUGAUAUCUUUAAUGAGCUGCUACACCUGUUGCGCGGAUAUCCUGUACACAUACGCGACGAGGAACAUCGCGCCUCAUUGCUGCGCGAUUGUCGUUAUUUCAACUUUAAGGGCCUAGAACAGAAGUUAAUCCCGCAUCAGAUAAGCUAUAAUCUGGCUCGGCGACGACACGAAAUUACUCUUAGACUUGAAGAUAUUUUGAAAUCAGGCAUCUCGAUUGCUAGCGAUGUUAUGACACCAAGUGGUACUGGUGAAUCCGUGUCAGGGUGGGUUAAUUACAUGCGGCCGUAUGAAGAUGAUAAACAGCACGAACUCAUCCUCGAAAUUGGAGGCGAGAAUACAAAGUUGCAUCUGAACAUCAUGCGAGCAGAGUUCUUCGGCCAGAUCAAAGUUCGUGUAGCAAGGCUCUUCGAGGUAAUCGCUACAAAACUUAACCUUCCACCAACCACCCAACCAUUGGGACUAUUAAUGGCAUCAGGCGGGGCUAGCAGCCAGCCAGCGACACCAGGAAAUACCCCGUUGAGUGAGGAUCUCGUUCGAGUAGUAAUCGAACCCGAUACACAUAUUAUCCUCGACGGUAAAACAUAUAACUUUACAGAAAACGAUGAAAUGGCUACUGCCAUGUCAACCUCAUCGUCAAUGGGCCACGGCGGCGGGCAAGAGUCGCCGCUUUCUAGUAUAGGUGGAUACUUCGGGCCCGCAAGGAAAAGGAGGCGGAUAGACUUCUCAAGCCAUACAGCAGAUGAGUGGGUAGUCCGCACGGGACAGUGGAGGCUCCGAAUACAAGGCUCGAGGAAUGGAAAGAGCGCGGUCGAGUGUGUGCUUGUAGCCGUCAAGAUCGAUGCUUACAGCGCUGAGCAAGCGAGAAACGCCCAGCGAGGGUUUUUAAGGGGUUAACGACGCGACGAUCCUAAAGAUUAGUGCACGUUACGAAGGAUCAAUCUUUAUUCGCCGGAUCUGUGCUGUACUAACUGCUAUUAUGUUUAUGUAUCUAUAUGACGAACACUAUAAGCUAUUGCUUCUACAUUGUUAUUAGCAACUCGUUCAGUGUUAACAGCAAUUAUACGGAAGGCUAUGAGUGGAAAAUCUAGGUAACUGAGUAUAGGUAGUAAGUGAUUAAUGCUCCAAG